UUUUGCUUCAGCUUUAAAAAAAAUAACACAGAAAUAAUUUGUGCUAUAUCUAAUUGUGUAUCAAAUAAAUCUUUCUCUCCUACAAACUUAGAAUUAAAUAAAAAUGAACACACAAUACUUAAAUACACACAAACAGUUAUAUCACAUCCAAGAAGAACAUAUACAAUUCAAUCAUCAAAUAGUAAUCAUAUUUUUACAAUAAAUAAUAAAAAAGAAAAUAACAUUUCAGAAAUUAACCAUGAUGUUUCUUAUGAAUUAAAUAAUGAAGAAAAUAAUGAAUGUAGCAUCUUAAAUAAUACAAAAGAUUUAGAAAAUAAAGAAGAUUGUGAUAUAAAAUAUUUAAUGAAUGGAAAAGAUAUAUUUUUGAAUGAAAGUUUGGAAGUAUUAGAAUCAAUUAAACCACCUUCAUUUGAUUGCUUAGAUGACUUGUCACAUAUAGAUCAUUCUAUGAACAUUAUUUGUAAUAAGAAAAUUGAUAUAGAAACAAAUCUUUCACAAAAUGAAAACAGUGAAUCUGAAAACAUUUUAAAAUUUAAAGAUUAUCAGAAAAAUGUACAAAUAGAAAAUCAACAUAAAUCACAAAUAUUUGUAAUUAAACGUGCAUUUUUAAGUGAUGCAUUAAAAAAUUCAAAUGAAGAUAAAAUACAAACUAAUGAAAUUUCAAAAUUAGAAUUGUUAACACAGAAUACUAAUAUUGAUACUAAUAUUGAUACUAAUAUUGAUAUUGAUACUGAUAGUCAAAUUUUAGAAUUUUCGUCUUCAACCAUAAACAAUAGUGAAAAUUUCUCUUUAAUACAUAAUACUGACAAAGAUUUUCAGAAAUUACAUAUGGACAAUUCUAAUUUAGAAUGUCUUUUAUCAAAUGCAAAAGCUACUUAUAAAACUUCAAAAGCUAAUGAUAGUAAUAAAGUAAAUGAUACACAUAUGAUGGAAGUAAAUAAUAAAUUUUAUUCAAAUGAAAAAUUUCAAUCAAAUUUGAAAUCUCAUACUAUAGAAGAUUUUUCUAUAGAAGAAGAAAAUGUUAUAAUCAAAUCUUUUUCUUCCUUAAUAAAUGAAUUAAAAAUUUGUGCAAAAAGUAACGAAAUUAUUUGGGAAGUAUAUUAUGAAAAUAUCGAAAGAAACAUGUUUAUAAUUGGUUUUAUAUCGUGUUCAUUAUUAGUAAUAAUAUUUAUACAGAAUCCUUGUAAGGAGACAAAUGAUCAAUAUAUUAAAAAAAUUAAAAUAAUUUCUCAAUUAGCAGAUGAUGCAGAUACAUUAAUUACUAUAGUUCAUCGAAUAAUUUUAGAAAAAUUAGAUAUUAAAAAAUUAUUGGAUUUGUAUAAAAAUCGUGAAGAUAUUUUACCGAUGUUAGAAUACAUUUCAAAAGAAGUAAAAUUAGCUAUGGAUUUUAUGUUUGAUUUGAAACGUUUGAAUGAUCCAAAUUUGAUGGAAAUAACUCAUGAUAGCAUAUCUUUCAUAUCGCAAACUAAAACAGGGAAUAUUAUAUUGAAAAUUACAAUAAAUAUCAAGCCAUUUGAUAGGAUAGAAUUUCAAAAUAUUUCUGUUCAUUGUUUAAUAGGUUCCGUGAGAGAAGAAGAUGUUAAAAAAUUAAUAAUAAAUGUAAAAAGGGAUCAUAAGUUCUUGCGAAGGUAUAUAAAUGAUGUGAAAGACUAUAUAUAUUUGAUGGAAAAAUCUGGUAAUAUGACUUAAAUAUCAUAUUAGCGUAUCUUAUAAUACAAUAAUUAAAUAAUGAUGUUUAAUAAUUCUGAAUCACGCUAAUUGUACUAUAUUAUAAUUUAAUAAUUUUAUAUAUAAUCAUGAUAUAAAUACAUAAUUUAUAUUUUUUUUAAUAAUAUAUAUUUAAAAAAAUAUUUUUUGUAUCUACACAUAAAUGUAUACAUGAAAACGAAAAUGUAAAGUUACAAGCAAAGGUUGAUCAACUAGUUCUUCGAUGCAGCCGGUUCAGUCAAUGCAGUUUUUUAUAUAAGUAUUUACAGUCCUUUCGAUAGUAUCGUGUGAACAGCCGGCUUUCAUAGAAUUGCAUUACUUUUCGCUUUAUUCUUUGUUGGUAAUUAUAGCAAUGAUACAUAUAUUUUUUAAAUUAAAUAAUUUUAAAACUUAUAACUUAAGAUCUAGUUAAAACUAAGAUUUCUGAGCAUU